AACUGUCCCUAGAAAUUCCCUCCGUAUAAAGAAAAACACCAGAGAUCACAAUCCAUCCUCUCGCAUAGUUCCCAUUUAACCCUCACAUCACACACUACCACCAGUGACACACACAAACUUCCAUGGCUUUUCCCAGGCCCCUCUGGGCCAGAUCUCGGCCCUUCCCCUCCUCCCUCCCCUUGGACUUUGCCCUUCUUACUGGCCAGGUGUGGGGGCAGAGUCCGGGCUUGACUGACUCAUCCCCCACCUCACCGGGGCUGAGAUCCCGGUUCUGUAACAGAAAACGCCAGCGCUUCAGCUCCAAUCAGUGCAGAACCACCCAGCCCAGGACUCCCAGGACGGGCCACUCUUAGGCUCCUUCCCUCCACCAUGGAGUACCUCUCUGCCCUGAACCCCAGCGGCCUGCUCAGGUCAGUAUCCAACAUGAGCUCCGACUUAGGCCGUAAGGUCUGGACCUCCACUCCACCACCCCAGCGACCUUUCCGUAUCUGUGAUCACAAGCGGACCACCCGGAAAGGCCUGACAGCCGCCACCCGCCAGGAACUGCUAGACAAGGCACUGGGGACUCUGAUGCUGAAUGGAGUGUUAACAUUGGUGCUUGAGGAGGAUGGGACCAUGGUGGAGAGCGAGGACUUCUUCCAGCUGUUGGAGGAUGACACAUGCCUGAUGGUGCUGGAGUUGGGACAGAAAUGGAGGCCCAGGAAGAGUGGGGUGCUGUCAUAUGGCCUGGGCCGGGAGAAGCCCAAGCACAGCCAGGACAUCGCCCGCAUCACCUUUGACAUAUACAAGCAAAACCCCCGAGACCUCUUUGGCAGCCUGAACAUCAAAGCCACAUUCUACGGGCUCUACUCCAUGAGUUGUGACAUCCAAGGACUCGGCCCAAAGAAAAUACUCAGGGAGCUCCUCCGAUGGGCCUCCGCACUGCUGCAAGGCCUGGGCCACGUCUUGCUGGGAAUUUCCUCCACCAUUCGUCAUGCAGUGGAAGGGGCUGAGCAGUGGCAGCGAAAGGGUCACCUUCACCCCUACUGAGCAGGAGCUCUGACCUUCUGCCUCUAGACUCAUUCCAAGAGACAGACUGUGACAACACCAAGUUUGGGGGCCUUCAGACAGUGCAGGCUCAGUAACUCACCUGAUUUCCCCACUGUCCCUCAAUCCUAUGGGACAGGCCCCAUCAGCAUAAUGUCCUAUACCCCCACCCUAUGCCUCCUGGCCACGUUUCCAGUCUCCUGCUCCCUGAAAGACCACAGCCUGUCCCCGGACACCUGGAUCCCACCCUGACUGCUGCUAUACCUAGAGGUCCUUAUGACUCCUUCUGUCCCUAAGCUCCUCUACCUUGAGAUCGCUAUUUCUCUGUAUCCUUCCUCCCCAAAAUAACAAAGGUGCUUCCAAUAAAAAUAUAAAAGUG